ACUGAAGUGUGUACGUGUUUACGUGUUCGCUCUGUAUCUGCUGCGCUGCUGGGGCAUCCAGUGUAUUGGCGUAGUGAUCCCCUGGAGUUCCCGGCGAGAAACUGCCUACGUGUCUGCUGUGCGUGAAAACUUAGCCAAGCAGUAGCAGAUCAAUUUCCUAUUUCCAUUUGUUUUGCUACCGGAAGAAUUAUCAUGGCGGCUCUUCACUGGCUGGAUCUCCUUGAAAAGGAAUUCGACAAGGCAUUUGUAGACCUGGAUUUGGUGUUAGGAGAAAUAGAUCCCGAGCAGUGCGAUCUGACUUAUGAAGGAAGGGCCAAAAUGACUGCACUGAGCUCAGCAUUUGCUCAGCUGUGCCACAAAGCACAGACAAUAUUUCAAAAUAAUGCUAAAUUGGAGGCACAUAUUUUGAAUAUGAGAGCAGACCUGUGUGACACCAAAGCAAGCAAAGUGAUAAUGGAGAAGGAAUUACACAAUCAGCUUCUUCAACUCCAUGCAGUGCAACUCCAGCUUCAUUCCAACCUUGGACAGAAUGUUGACUCGGAGGCAAUCAAGAAGAAAUUGGAAGGUGAGAUGCAGACCUUCAAGGCAGACUCCUUCAAGCAGGUCAGAUUAGAAGCCGAGCUCGAUGUCAUGAGGAAGGAGAACGCUGAACUCCGCCAGCAUAUCCUGGGGCUCCAGGGGGAGGUGUAUGGAGCCAGGCUGGCAGCCAAGUACCUUGAUAAGGAGCUAGCUGGCAGGUGAGUACAUGCACAUCUUUCAUUGCAUUUUUGUAAGAAUGUUAAAACCAUUGACCACUGAAUGCUUUAAGGUCCCAUCUUGCCAUUGUCCAAUGGAUCUAGUCACAACCUACAUGUAUAUAACUUUAAGGGAAAGUCCACCCAACAAUAUACAUCCUGGUUGGUACGGUCUGUUGCACAAUAAAUAUGUGGCAUCUUUUAUGUAGCAGAAAUAGUAUAGCAGCUCAUCACUGCAUUUGGUUCCCUGCAAUACCAAAUCUGUUUUUGUAUGCUGGAAUGAGAAGACUUGCAGGGAAAUACUGUAUGCCCUUGGUUUUGUUGAUUAUUGUUAACUUUUGAUAAAUUAGAAUGAAUAAAAUUAGGUGAUUUAAUCUAAA